AGCAGUCACCAUUCGUGUGUAUGUAUGAUGAAUGAACACCUCGAACUGGAAAUGAAAAUAAAAUCACUUCAAUGAACUUCAGUCCAACGGAGCUAGUUGUUCGAAACAAGACUGAUAACGCAAUUCGCUGGCAUACGUGACCACAGUUCCUGUGCCAAUAUCAAAACCUGCAGUGCCCCCAACUACGACGGAGGAUUUGCGUGGCGGAUACGACGAUCUCUGUGUUCAGUUCGGUCCGAAGAACAGCGCCCGGAACGAAAGAUGUCAGAGUUUAACACCAUUAGCAGACCCUCGCAGCGUCCCGAUCUGCUCAACAAUACCACCCACUUUCCAGAGCUGCCCAAAAGUGGACCACUCACCGAGUACAGACGCCGGGCGACCAUCGAUUGGCGCAAGGUGAAGCUGGCCUUCAACGAUGAGGCAUCGCUGGAGCUGCAGCAAAAGGUUUGGAACUUUUUCCAGAAUAAUCCUUUGUUUGCCCGUCCCAGCCAGACUCUUUCUUUAGACGAGAGUCGUCGAUUGGCCACGAAGCGAAUGUACGCGAUCAAAGAGGAGAACAUUUUCGGGAUCGAUGCACUGUUGGAACGGCCGGACUUUAUGGGAUACUUUAGCCACCUGUUGAUGGCUUAUGAUCCGAGCUUUUCAAUCAAAUUUUCGCUCGGGUUUGGAAUGUUUCCGUCGGUGAUUCAGGCGCUGGACGUGGGUCGGUUGAGCCAUCUGGUUGAGCAGAAUCAACGGGGUGAGAUUUUGGGAUCGUUCGGACUGACGGAGAUCUCUCACGGUACGAAUGCCAAGGGGAUGCGAACAACGGCCACGUACGAUGUUAAAAGCAAAGAGUACAUCCUUCACACUCCCGAUUUCGAAGCUGCCAAGUGUUGGAUUGGGAAUUUGGGUAAAACGUGCACUCACAUGGUCUGUUAUGCCCAGCUUUAUUCCGCCGAUGGAAAGCAUCAUGGUUUGAACGCGUUCGUGGUGCCCAUUCGAGAUCCGAAAACUUUGAACGCGUAUCCAGGAGUGAUCGUGGGUGAUCUGGGCGAAAAGGCCGGUCUACAAGGGUUGGACAAUGGGUUCGUGAUGUUCCGCAACUAUCGUAUUAGUCGGGAUUAUCUGCUAGCGCGAACUGGGGACGUCAACGAGGAAGGUGUAUUUGUCUCACCCUACAAAGAUGAAAACAAACGUUUUGGAGCAUCUUUGGGAGCUCUCUCUGGUGGACGGGUUGGCAUCUGUGGCAUCGCCAACAUGUACCUGAUGAAAGCCAUUAGCAUUGCCAUCCGAUACUCUGCGAGCCGUAAACAGUUUGGACCGGAUGAUAAGUCCGAAGAGUGGCCCGUUUUAGAGUACCAAUCGCAACAGUACCGGUUGUAUCCACAUCUGGCCAACGCAUUCACAAUCAAAAUGUUCACCUUGUGGUUCGCGAAGAUUUACGGUGAAAUUUUCCUGAAAACGUUGACCGGAGAACGGGUUGAACAUGUGGGAAUGGAAAUCCAUGCACUCUCGUCGGCUGCCAAAGCUAUUUGUACGUGGGCGGCUCGCGAUGGAAUCCAAGAGAGUCGCGAAGCUUGCGGUGGGCAUGGUUUCUUGAAACUCUCAACGCUUGGCGAUUUGCGAGGCGAUAAUGAUCCCAAUUGCACUUAUGAAGGAGAAAACAACGUACUCAUCCAGCAGACUUCAAAUUGGUUGCUGAACGUUAGGUUCUCUGGGUAUGAAAAUUUUAAAGUUGCAUCACCGUUGGGGUCAGCGCAGUUUUUGAAGGAUUACGCCAAUCACAACGACUUUAGAGCUUCUUGGAAGACGCCAUCUGAGGCCACGGAUAUUAAUGUAAUAAUGGAAGCACUCAACUGGCUUGUUGCAUAUCUACUAGAUACUACUGCCCAAAAGGUAGCCAACCUGAAGAAGCAAGGCAAAUCUUCAUUCACUGCAAGAAAUGAAUCACAAUCGUUUUACGCCAGAACGUUGUCUAUGGCGUAUGGUGAACGCGUCAUUAUGUUUGCGGCCAUGAAAUUCUUGCGCAACCUCGAGGAUGGCCCCGAAAAGGUUGCCCUCACGCGACUCGUCUCCCUAUUCGGUGCUAACGUGGUUAUCAAACAUGUGGGAGUUUUCUACCAGGGAGGAUACUUUGCCAAAACGGCAAACGCGCUCGAGCUGCUGCAACAGGGUGUGCUCGAUUUACUACCGCUGAUAACGGUUGAUAGCGUCGCGUUGAUCGACGCCAUUGCACCGCCAGAUUUUGUGCUGAAUUCACCGCUCGGCAUGAGUGACGGUGAGGUUUACAAGCAUAUGGAGUCGGCCAUCCUGCAGGCACCGGAAGCACUCGAGCGACCCAAGUGGUGGCGCGAGGUUGUGUACAGGGAUUACGUUAAGCCAAAGUUGUAAAAAUUGCUGGUGCUAGACACUUGAAAUUAUUGUUAGCUUACAAGUUGGUGAUUUUGUUAUACCCGGGGUUUUCCUGAAGUAAAUAUAUAUUUUUUGUUACAAAACUA